UUAGUUGAUUUAUUGGCUAGUAGGCGUCCACUGUGGCAUUUGGUUCGGUGUUUUUGCUACAUAGAUAAUUGUUUUGAAAUAUUCGUUAAUUAAAUCGAUCAUGAACGUUUUGACGAGAAGAGUACUGAACGUAGCAAGGUCUUUUAUAGGAAAUUCCACCGAAGUCAACAAAUUCCAUGUAGCAGGACAUUACGGCAAUACCGGUAUUCAAGUUUUUACAGGCGGUUUAGUAAAUAAUAUGAGAGCAUCUUUGGGCAAUAUGUUACAAGCUUUCGAACAGAUCAGAUGGAAAAGUUCGUUGCAGCAGUUACAUAAAAGAGGAUUGAAAGAUAAGAAGGUAAAAAAAUCCAAGAAUCCUCUGAGUGGAAAACCUUUUGCGAAGGGCAUCAUUCUGAGAACAGUUAUUAAAAAACCAAAGAAGCCAAAUUCUGCUAAUCGGAAGUGCGUUAUCGUUAAGCUAUCCACCGGAAAAGAAAUGACUGCCUACGUACCUGGAAUAGGUCACAAUUUGCAAGAACACAAUGUGGUAUUGUGUCGAGCGGGAAGAUUGCAAGAUACGCCCGGUGUUAAAAUAAAAUGCGUCCGUGGAAAAUAUGAUCUUCCGCAUGUAAAAAAAAAUUAACGUACGCGCGAUAAUCGAAGUAAAACAUUGUAAAUAUAAUAAAAUGGAUAUAUAUGUACAUAUACACACACGUAUGUAUAAAAUCUGUGGAAGAGUUCAAAGUGUGUGACGAAAGUAAAGUACAGUUAUCUUGCUAUUCGAUCUCUGCCAGAAAUAUAAAUUUGGCGUAGCCGUGCUUUUGAA